CAAGAUAUCCAUUCUAAAUACUUUAAUCAGCAAAUAUAGCAUAGUAAAAUUUCAACAGUAUUAGUGUGUAGCCCAGCUGGUUUCCUUGAAAAUAAGCGUAUUUCCCUGCUUUAUGUGCAUUUUCACUGUUGUUAUGAGGACUGCAGCAGUAUUUAUAGUAAUAUGAAUGAAGGGACUACAGAUCCCAGAAGGCCAUGCUCUGGAGAGGAUGUGCUCAAAAAGGAAGAGGAAGAAGAGAGAAAGUGGAUCUGAGGGGUGGAGAGCUGCUAGAGAUCUCUGCUAAAGGCCAGAGUAUGUGUGGAUGCUGCAUGGGAGACAGUGACAGAGAUCCCCCCUGCGCAGUGUGGGAAGCUGACUGAAAUCCUGCCAGCGCCAUUCCUACUCACCAGCACAGUACUGAGAACAUGGAGGGGAGACCUGCGCUCACAAACAAGUUUCCUGUCUCACAUCUCAGUAGCAAUAAAUCUUAAAGGAAGCACAGCAGGCACAAAGCUUCUCCAUAGCGACGCAUUCAGGCCCCUCCUACUCCUCCUUCAGUUCAUCACUUCUGGUGUGCCAAGAUGGCGUCGCUGCUUGAAGAAAAGGAUCUGCGGGUGCUAAGGCAGCGCUUUCAGCGACAAGCCGAGUCCCUGCUGCAGGGAACAGAGAAUGAGGACAGCGAUGAAGAAAAAAAGAAGAAAGAAAAACCCCUUCCUAGAUUUAACCUCCAUUCUGUCUUCUGGGUAUUGGCAGCCGUGGCUCUGACCUAUUUCAUUGACUUCUUUGAAGUUGUUAAAGAAAUUCUUAAGGGAGGCUGCAUGUGGUUGUUCACUGGAACCGUAUUGUUAGCUAUCAGUUUAUCCAUUGCACUGUAUUGUAUCGUUUAUCUGGAGUGGUACCGCAGGAUCAGCGAUUAUGAUAACCAGUAUCCAGCAUUAGUGCCUGUAACAGUUGCUGUCUUCGUAACUGCUGCCAUAUGUUACAAUGUUGCCUUGUGGCCAAUCUGGUCAUUUUUCACUCCAUUUAUACUCUUUACCCAGUUCAUGGGUGUGGUGAUGCUGGUGUCCCUGUUUGGAUGACUGCAUGAAGAUGGUGUAAAGGAAUGGACAUGGAAUAAAGUCUUAACGUGUAAUGGAAUUCUAAAGCAAUUUUUAUUUUAAAUAAGUUAACUCUAAAUUUAUUUCCACUGUAUGAAUGUGCAAGAGUGUUCACACUUUCUUGCUAUUUGUUUUGUAAAGAAUAGUUUCAUUUUUAACUGUGUAUCAUGUGUUAAAUCAUACUUAAAACCAGCAGUGAUUAUUUAUAUUGUUAUGCUGAUAACAUGUAUUGACUAAGUGGAAUUGGUGUUCACGGCUAAUAUAACAACUAUUCAUAAUACACAUUUACAGCUGUUUUUCUUUAUCUGACUAUUUAUCAUAUAUAUGUAUUUAUGCAUCUUUGUACAAACACUGUGACCAAAUGUGUCCUGUUUUCAACUGAGUGCAGGUAUUUUGCCUUGAAUUCUCAACCUGUGGAUAAAUGCAGGUCGAUAAUCCGCCCUGUCUAGCCAUAGACUUCUGUUAGUGGCCUAAUAGUAAAGGCCCAUAAUAAUUGGCAGAACGUUAUCCUCUAAACUGAUAUCCUCAUUAUGUAAUACAAUGUAACAUUAUUAUUCUGGUCUUUAUUAGUGAAUGGGCCCCUCGUGGGUUAAUACAUUCAGGAAUAUUUCUGUACCAGAGAACAUUUCUGGUAAAAAGGGGAUGCUGGUUUCUUCCUCACUGUGCCUUUCCUUGGAAUGAUAUAUAAAUAUAUAUAAAUAGAAAUUAUUAAAUCAAUGUUUGUUUAAAGUGUUAACUUGUAAAUACAAGAACUGUAACAAAUAUAUUAACAGAAUUCUUAAAUGAUAAAUACAAUGUCUCUUUAAAAAAAAAAAAAGUUAUUGUAAUAAAAUAUAGAUAAAGCAUAUGGAGUAGUGAGGUUCUGAAACAUGCUUAACAUUGUGUCAUUAUCACCUAACCACCCAAUCUUUGUAGAAUAUCCAUAUACAUGUUUCUAACUCUGCAAAAGGGAUUGCUCUUUUGAGUGGUGAGGGAUUAGGGUGUGGUGGGAAGCCAGCAGAUAUAGCUUGCUUCAUUAUAUAUUGUAUAUGUAUCAUAUAAGCCCAUGACCUGCUUAGCCUGACCAGAACUGGGAAAACCACUGCAGUGUUUAAAUAUAAUAUAGGCUUGUCUGCUACAUACAUGAUUUGGUGUUUUUUAGGCUACGGCCACAAAGGGCUCGAAUCAGCCCCAUCGCUCUAAAUGGCCUUUCCAUGUGCCUGCACCCAGAGCCGCUGCGUUGGCCCAGAAGCAGAUUUAGGCACCAAAAUGCAUACUGGUAUUUUGUGCUGAAAUCUGCACCGUAUGCCUGCACUGUGGCAGACACACUGGCUGUAUGUGCAGGCACAUCCGAAAUUGAUUGGAGUGUAGGGGCUGUGUUUAUCUGCAGUCUGGGAAUCAUACCCUUGUGGCUUAAACCUAAGGGACAGGCAGUUUAAAUUUACUGAUCAGCUGUAUAUAUAUUUUAUGCACAUACACUGUAAUAGCUUAAGUUAUGUACAGUACAUAGAAAUCGUAUUAAAUCACUUUUGCAAAGAUCUGUUAUCGCUUUAACAAAUGUCUAUUUCUGUUCAGUGUAAAAGAAAAAAAUCCACUGUGUUCUGUGAUAAUAAAACAUGAAAAUGUCCAAGGGAGCGGGUUAAUGUUAAAUGGGCUUAUGCCCAAACACGCUACAUGGCAGCUUUCUGAACCUGCAAGGUAUUAUGCAACUUGUCCCCCAACAGCCCCACUUGUCCAACUUGUCCUCACUUAAUCUCCUGUUGGGAACAUCUCCUGUGCACAAAGUUAACAGAAUUUAAAAGAAGAUAUUGAGAUUUUUUUUACAAUGAAAUAACCAUUAAUAUAUUCUACAAAGAGAUGGAGACACCAAGCUUUAGUGGCAAUUGUAUACAUCCAGUUGCAUAACUUACAGUAUAAUAACAUGCUUCAGCAAUAAUUACUAAGAUUGUAAUGGAGAUUAAAAAAUGUUUUCUAA